AGUGAUGCUGGACUGACUGGCCGGAAGAUCAUUGUUGAUACCUACGGAGGCUGGGGAGCCCAUGGUGGAGGUGCCUUCUCUGGCAAAGAUCCCUCCAAAGUUGAUCGCUCUGCAGCAUAUGCAGCUCGCUGGGUUGCAAAAUCUCUGGUGAAAGCUGGUCUCUGUAAAAGAGUAUUAAUCCAGCUAUCAUACGCUAUUGGUCUGAGUCAUCCUCUUGCGGUCUCAGUGUUUCAUUAUGGAACAUCAGACAGAUCUGAAGAAGAAUUGCUUGAAAUUGUCCAGAAAAAUUUUGAUCUACGCCUUGGAGCUAUCAUAAGGGACCUGGAUUUGAAGAAACCAAUUUAUCAAAAAACAGCAUGCUAUGGGCACUUUGGAAGAGAAGAAUUUACAUGGGAAAGGCCCAAAAAGCUUGUGUACUAA